CUGAUUUCGGCAGUUCGUCUUGGAAUGUUAGCAUACGUUGAUGUGCAGUUAUUCGUUCUCCAAAAACUUGUUGACAUUUUAAACAGUAGUCUGCAAAGAUGAGUUUUCCAUCGUGCAUCAAAAUGCCGGUUUCUCGGAGUGACAGUGUGUCUGAUAAUGAUAGUAAUGGGACAAAUGAUCCUGAAAAUCAUUCAACAACAUACAAUGAUUUGAUAUUAAUUGCAAACGAAGUUUUUGGUCAUGGAAAAUGGAGUCACGCAGUGACAAGUCAAACAGUAGAUUUUGUUGAAUAUGUUAUGGGAAAAUAUCACAUAGGAUGUGCUGCAUUUGUCAAAGUACAGUUGCCCGAUGGCACUUACCACGAAGAAAUGGGAUAUAGCAAUGCAGAAUCUUCUAUAAAAGGUUCAGCAGUGUAUUCAGCACGACGUUCUUCAAUCACCAAUGCUUUUAGAAAAGCAUUACUUUGUUUUGGUGGAAUCAUUGAGGAGAAAAUUGAGGGAAUACAACCGAGUUCACAUAAAAGAAAAAUUAUCAAACUAUAUAAUACAGACAAUCAAAGUGACAAAUUAAAAAGUGAUUUAGUCAAAGCCUCUAAACCAACAGUAUUAUCCUCAACUAAUGUCAAUAAUCCAAUAGUCGUUAAAAAAGAAACUAGUCCCGUCAUAGACGAUAAAAAUCAAGCCAAAGUUGUAGAAACAGUUUUACCAGAAUCAACUAUAAAAAGAGAAGUAGAAACUAAGCCAGUAAUCAAUUCCAAAUCUACAUCUUCAGUUGCCUCGUUACAAUAUACAAGAUCAUCUACAAAACCAAAUAAUGUCGAUAAUGGGUCAACUCGACAAAUGACUGAAGAAGAAUUGCGGCUUGAACGAAAACGUAAACAAAGAGAAAAACAAGAAGAAUAUCGAAGAUUAAUGAAAGAGAAAGAAGCCAAGAGUGAAGAUAAAAGUCAAGUAGUCAGUGAGAUAUUUUUCCAGAGUGAACCGUGGAAGAUGUAAAUUUUUCACUACCUGGACGGGAUCACCUUCUUUCCAUUGAAACACUAAGUCAUCAGUCGUCCAACCAUCUAUAUUUCAAUAGUCGAUAAUAUAUUUCAUGAGAACUUUUUCAUUGAUUUUUUCACAACUUUCUACCUUUUCAUUUAAAUACUCACAGCUGGCCAUUCGUAAUGAGCAAGUUUGCCGGUCGAGAGGAUAAAGUUUUAAAUUCAUUGGACAUGAUAAUGUAAGAGAUAUUCUAUUAACAAAAAGAAAAUAUUUUA